GUCGCUGCUUCCGCCACUACUCCCUCGCCCUUCUGUCCCUGCAACCACCUCCUGCUCCCGCCGCUCCUGCUGCUGCUGUCCACCUCCACCGCCGCCCGGCAGGUCGCACCCUAACCCUAGUCCACCAUCAUCUCGGCCUUGACGCACGCGGAGCCCGUCACCUGCACCGAGUCCACGGCAUAGUGACCUGGCGAGGAUGCGCCUGCUACCCUCGUCGCUCUGAGCCGGCUUGGAUCUUUUAUCUCUCUUUGUCUGCUCGCCCUCCACCUCCGGACGCCUUCUGACAAUGCAAAUCUUUGCCAGCAAUCCUUUCGUCGCAGACACCCCCGCCUGUCGCCCAUACCAUGGCUCCUCUCCGCCCUCGCCGCAGCUCGCAUUCGGUGUCGUACCGAGAAUCCCCAGCGACCGAAGACGAAGAACAGACCGACAAAUUCGAGGCAUCUGAGGAUGCAUCGCCUCCACCGCCACCCCGCUGUCGUCGGUCCACCAGACGAGGGGCGCCUUUGCGCAUCACGCCUGGCUCGUCCAGGUCGAUGCAAACCCGAAGGCGACCACGUGUGAGGUACGAGGAGCAAUCGACGGACGACGAGGAUGAGGAUGAAGACUUCGUUCCAGAUGAGCGAAGGGCUGUACCUGAGGUCGCUGCCAUUGAGAGAGCACCUGCUAUACGAACGAACCCCAGGCGUGCGUCUGGGCGGCUGCCUAGGAAGACAACCAAAGCUUCGCCGCGAAAGACGCUGCAGAGACAGUCGCAGAUAGAUUCGGAUUCCCGCUGGCCGAAGCUUUCUCGCCGCCACCAAAGUACUGCCAAACCGCCUACAUUACGCCAUGUUUGUAUUCAUGCGUGUGCUAACCUGUGCGCAGAUGUAGCGGCACAGCCAGAACCCCGUGGCCCUUCGCAGCCAGACCCGAGCUUUACGGGCAAACCGUGUCCCUGGACGUACCUCCCCUUCGAGAUCCUUCGCGACAUCCUAACAUACGCUUCGUAUCCGCUGCUCGACCACCAAGGCUCUGCAACAAGCCACGUAGAAUGGCUCUUAAAAUUCCGGUCCAUACACCCGGCUUUGUUGGAGGCCUCACAAGCAGUGCUAUAUUACUGCCCGCCUCUGACCAGCGCUGCCGUAGCACAUAAAUUUCUGUCGCUGAUGACGCAGACAAAUCCGAGAGCGGCAAAUUACAACGUCAAGGUCAGGCAUCUGAAAAUCGAGGCUCGGAACACACUGGCAUAUUCGGCCGGGGUUGAGCUUGGCUCGUUUGACUUGGGCGCGCUGGUGAGACAGCUGCCUCAGCUCACAGGCAUUGACGUGUGGACGAUGCUGGAUCAUCCUGAUGUUAGGCGCGCUUCCAUCACGUCGCGGUCGUGGUCGUAUCCAGACACUAUGUUCAAAGCGCUGGCUGAUGUCGGUCAGCGCCUUCGCCGUUUUCACUGGAACUCGCGUUUCAUGGGCAAGCAGGCCACUGAGGAUCCUUCCGCAAUGUACCGGUGGAUGCAUGAUCUACAUCAACUGCCCGCCUUUCAGAGCCUCACGUAUCUUAAGCUGACGAAUUUUCUCGGCGACAGCGACGCGAGGAUAGAUCUUGACUUCGCAGUGCAUUUCUCAGCGCCUGGUAAACCGCUGACGGCAGCACAGCAGAAAAAGGAGGCUUUACGUCUAGAGAAAAAGAAUGCCCAACACAGGCAGGACGAAUUGCUAGCCAAGGCUGUUUCAGGUCUUCCGAACCUUCGGAAACUCGAACUCCACAUGUGCAGCAUUGUCGAUGGCGACUGGCUGUGUCUUCUCCCGCAAGGUCUCACCCAUCUCGGCAUUCUUGAGUGCGAUCGUCUCACAUCUGAAGGGCUCGAAGAGUUCUUGAAUACCCACGGUCAACACCUCCAGGUCCUAAUUCUGAAUCAUAACCCGGCGCUGAGCAUCUCGUUCCUUUCUACUUUGGCGAAAAGCUGCCCAGCGCUGCGGGAGCUUCGCAUGGAUCUGACAUACUUCCGCGACCUGCUGACGGUGGAUAACACAGCAGAUCCAAUGUAUGAGCAUCUCCUCCUUCCGGAUGAGAGACCGACAUGGCCCAGGACGCUUCAGACUAUAUCAAUGAACCACUUGCACCAUUUAAGCUCCCCUGCAGCAGAAGUUUUUUUCACGUCGCUGAUAGAAAGUGCCGAGGAGCUGAAGGAUCUGAGACGCCUGCUGCUUAGCAUGAGCUUGGAUAUCUCUUGGCGGGACCGAGCAAAGAUGCGGGACGUUUGGGAGUAUAGAAUAAAACGUGUUUUCCUCAGGAACACCCCACCGCCUAACCCAUACUGGUGGAGUUUGGGGAGCUUCAAGCAGUGGAAGGAGAGGAAGGUUGCUGAGGUGGUCAUCACGUCACAGAAUCCGGAGCGUCACAGUGAAGUCACCACAGUCCCUGUCGAUAAGACUGAUCUUGACGAGGACGAGGACGACGACGGAUCGGACAUGCCCGUACGGAAUAGAAAGCGCACAGCAGUUAUUGUCAGUGGGAACACGCGCCGUCUUCGACCCCGCAAGACUGUUGUCGAAGAAGACCACACGGAUGAUACUGAACGACUGCCUACAUUUGGCAGUAAUGUACGCGACACGGUAAUGGAGACGCUUGACCGGCACGUUCAAGGCAUGUGUGAGGAGGUUGACGUGCGAAUCGAUAAUAUCCGGCCGCGCGAAGAACAGUUCCACGAGAAUGAUUUCCUGACCGCCGAACCAAGUGGGGAUGAAGAAUGGAACGGGGUCGAUUUGGACGAUGACGAGUUAUACUACACUAGGAAUGGAGGGAGAAAGCCAAGAUACGCCUGGUAGUGGGAAAAAAGGGUUGAUAUAUGUUCGCAUAUAAUUAUUGUAUGUCUGUAUGUGUAUGUAUGCAUGGGAUUGUUCAUCUAUGCAUCUGUUGGCGCAAGAGGUUCGCAAAGAAUUGAAACGAGCCGCACAUAUCAGGCAAAUGAAGCAAAUAAAAUAUGGCCAGCAACCAUCUCACGCGCAAAUCUUUCAAUUUGGACGACGUCUUGCUCCCUUCCAGCCACUUAAUGCUUCAUUGGGAAGAAUCUGCGUUCCUUGGUCUUACUCCUUCGCCCACAGGCGGGCCAGGCAGGCCAACGCGGCCCGCUGCCUCCAUGACCUGUUUGGGGGUCUUCAACACCUACUUUCCAAAACACCGCACACAAAUGCACUGGGCUCGACGGCAACAAAAGUCCCCGGUGCCCGGGACUCAAAGAGAAGGCGAGCGACUGGUCUGAACGCGCCAGGUCGCGGCCGCUUGGGGUGAAGAAGAAGAUGAUUGUCUAGCGAAGGUCCGAGCCCGCCAUCGAUGCCUGCCUGGAAGCUUUCAUACGUCUCGGGCACGGCCUGACGUCGUAACCAUGGAAACCGAUAUCUUGGCUCUACAGCGCAAUGGCACUUUUGCUCCACUGGACGUUCGACGAGAUGCACACCUCAUACCACGCACUUUCUUUCAGCUGCUGCCCUGCGCUUGAAAUGCUACCUCUCGGAAUCCCCAAGGACGUCUGAUCAUCUUCAACAUCGGCCUAGGCAUGUCUGUCGCGAGACUUUCCCGACAAAGCAAACUUAGCUUCGACAAAGUGCAUGCUCUCCUCGGGGCCGCCCCUUUUUCAGACAGCGCUGAUUCCACCCCUUGGCUGCCUGAUUCCCUGCGUUCUGUGGUUCCUCGAUCUCAAGCGCUGGAACCGAGCUAAGCGAAGAGCUGAAGCUCCAAUCCUCCUCACGCUUCCUCAACUUGGCCACCACCACGAGAUGCAAGUAGAUGAUUAGCCAUAGCAGCUGCCUCUUGCAGGCUAGGUCCAUAUCCUCGCGAAUCCACGUCAAUUAGAUGCUGAGUUUAAGUGCCCUCCUUAUUGAGCGGAAACUUCUAAAAGUUAGCUAUACAAUCGAGUCGAGAUGGUGUACCAGCAAUGCGUCGCGCAAGCGUCUUUCUAGGUAGAGCAUAGAUCUUUGCAGCUUGUGUAACCGACCGAAGUUGGCCUUUUUUUGAUUGCU